UAUUUUUAGAACAAAAAUGCUUUAUUUGGCUAUUGGAAACAAAAAUAAUUUUAUAUUUCUUACAUUAUGCUAUUACUUGACCGCACAUUCAAUACACAUCUACAUAACAUUUUUCGACAAAAAACUGCAUAAUUAUAAAAUAAACCCAUUUUUCCAGAUAUUUCACAAUAUGAAAUUAUUUAUUGAAAUAAGAUGCUAAUUUUAUUGCAAAGCAGAAAAAUAAUUUUAUGAAAUACGUUAUAAACGUACGUAUAUAAUAUGUUGCAAUAUUCAGCAUGACAUUGAAACGUGAAUACUUGGACUUGUGGUGAUAUAGUAGUGAUAACAAAUACUGCAACACUGUAAUGAACAAAUUAGUGCACCAAUGUGAAAUGUGGUACAAGGACCAACUCGCUCCAAAAAACUUAUCAACAUUAACAAAAAAAAAUUAAAAGUAAACGAAAUGAGUAUAGGUUAUGUUGUGGCAUACAGAAUGGUUUGUGAUGUAAUCCUUUUAAAGUAAUACAACGUAAAUAUUUGUUUGUUGAUGUUUACUUUGUACAAAUCGUCAAUAGUUUACUACUAGAUGAAUUAAUGUAAUACAAGAAUAUUGGAAUACAAAAUACUGUCAUCUAAAAGUAAUCAACUGACAUGUGAAACAUAUUGUUUUGCUAUGAUGGAAUUUGAUUCCCAUAGUCAAUGUUCUGAUGAUGGGGCUGAGUUAUCUAUAUCUGAAAACGGGGAAAUAUACUUGCUGGACUAUUCCUAUAUGGAAGACCCGCAACCAUCAUUUUUGGAAGCAAAAACAGUGUUUUUAUUAAUACAGAAGGAUGUUGCUGUCUCAAGAGCUUCACGUUUACAAUGGCUAUUGGAUCAUUUAAAUACAAUAGUUACCCCUAGUCAAAAAUUAAUGGAAUCCUCUAACAAUUUGGAAGUGAUAUCUGCUAUACCAAGAGAACAAAGUCUUGCAAUAAAAUGUAAUAGGUUUCUAGUAACCUAUCGUACUGAAGUCAAAUUCCUAGCUCAAAGUUAUAGAUUUGUUUAUUGUUUAGAUAUGAGCCCUUCACAUGCCAACGUAGAUACUCAGAAGGAUGAAAUUCUUUUUGAUGAGAUUUUAAAUUGUUUUAAAAUUAGCAUAGAAGGAUUAUGUAGAGAAUUUUCAGUACCUGGCUGUUCGACUAUUUUUCAGCCCAAACUCUAUCUUACUGUAAUUGUUAAUACUCCAUUUUUCUUGAGUCCAGCACAGCAAGUUUUGGUGAAAGGUGUACAAAUUUGUCUUGCAAACUUACGAGAAAUUUUACGAUAUGUCGAAAAACAGUUCCAUAUUCUCGAAGAAAAAAUUGCUGAUGUAUGUUCUACUGCACUUGACCACCUGGAUUUUCAGAGGAAUGAAAAUGAGCGUUUAAUGGGCGAUUUAUUUGACUCGCCAGAUGCUGGUAAAAUGUAUUCUAAGAUUCCAAUGGUUACUCCUGAUGUCAAUUUUGUGAAUAUGUUACGAUACUCAAUGUUAGCUAUAUCUCUUCUUCCAGAAAAUAGUAUAAGUCAUAUUCUAGUCAUUACCGACGGGGUGGUUGCAAUGCCUGAUUCAAAUAUAAUGGAAUCACUAUUAUUUCAAUUGCAUUAUGAUAGUAUAGCUAUUUCAUUUUUAAAAGUUGGUUCUACAUUUCAUCCGCAUGCUGGUGCUGGAUGUGUUUCUUAUACAGACUUAUUAUAUUUUUUUGCUUAUUCCACUUUAGGAACAUGCAUAGAAAACUUUACACAACUUCCACGCAAGCCGUCCUCAGAAAUGAAUAUUUACCAUGAAUUCUUUUUAUUAUGGUCUUUCCAUAAUACAAAUAAAUACGCUUGUUCAAAAAUAUGUGAUAGUAACAGAUGGACUUCUUCAAAUGAAACUUUCUGUAGUCAUAAGAUGCCUUCAUUACUUUCUAAAAAACAGACUGAUGAUAAUACAAGUGCUUCUAUCAUGCUUUUAUUGUCACGAAGGAUCCGAGAAGGUUUUACCGUAGAUAAUAUAUUUUACAUGAAUGGAAAUUUAGAAAUUAAACUAAUUCUUCAGUGGAAAUCUUCAAUAUAUGUUCACUACAAACUUAGAUCACACUGGCCAGCUGCCAAAAAUAUUACACAUUUUGAAGUUUACAUAUCAGCGCCUUAUGAGUUCCUACAUGACAUAACCUGUAUAAUAAAAAAAGAAUCGAAAUCCUUAUAUAGACAGGCAAUUAUUGAGAGGUUUUGGAUGAGAUUGUCCCAACUAUCAUCUGGUGAUUUAGGUCUAGCCCAACAACUUAGCUCUUUUCAAAUCAAUAAAGACUGGCAUACUCUUCCUGAGAGUGUUCGAAAUGGAAUACCUGUCUUUAUUUUGAAUAAUUCAAAUUGUUCAGAUGCUGCAAGACUUCCUUUAACUCCAAGCGACAUGUCCAGUUUAAAAUUUAUCAAUAUGUGGCAACCAAUCUGUCAAAUGGAAACAAAUAAUUGGCGAAAAUGGUUCCAUGUCCAUAAGAUAUCUUUAAUACUACAACAUGAUAAUCCUUUACCAAAAUACUUACACUUGGCUAAUUCAUCUCAACGGUAUCAAGUUGUUCAGUGUCGACAGGCAGCUACUGCUUUAUACGGGUUUUUAGCAGAAUGGACUUCUUUUAUUUUAAUAGACAAUCAUACAUACUUAAAACUAAUAUAUAAAGAAAGUGAUAAGCCACCUAUGUGGUUUUGUAUAGUUCGAAUUUCGUCAAAAUUUCCUUGUGUUGUGCUCAACAUUGGAUUUACUACUGGGACCCCAGGAAAUGUUAGAAAUGAAAUAUGUGAGGAAUUGAAACUAGAAAUAUCUGGUUUGAAGUAUCAGUCCAAUUCUCAGAAAGUAAAAGAAAACCAUUGCUGUGUAUUGGUUCAUAAACCUUUAGAAAAAAUUCUUAUUCGGUAUGAUCGCAUUCCUAACAACUACUCCACUGUUAUUUUCCCAGAUGGUACACAGCCUCCAAAUUCAAGUUUGUACUUUCCAUCUCCUGUUACUGGAACUUUAUUCACGACUUUAUCCAGAUAUUUAUUUCAUAAAAGAUGGAUAUGGAGCGCAACUCUUCCAUCAAACCCUCGAUUAACGGACCUCUCAAUUGCUAGAAUUCUUCAUACCAUCACGAGAAUGAGGAUGAAAGAAGGCUUCAGUUUUGCCUAUUCAGCUCCUGGUAUAAUAACCAUGACUCUAGAAGUAUGGAUGGAUCCAUCAGGAACUUGUAUUGUUCAAUAUGUUCUUUUUCCUCCUCAUUGCGCUAAUGUGAGUGAAGAACUCUGUAGUGGGUCAGAAGAAGAUAAUGAACAAUCUACAGAUUUGGAAGCAGAAUUACAAAUGGUCACUGAAGUGUGGAUUGAACCUCAGUAUGGAAAAGUAGUACCUAGCAAUCCGAGAAUUACUUAUGCUGAUAAUAAGCAUUAUUUCGAACUUGCAGAUGCUAUUUAUAUGGUCGAUUCCCAAUGCAUACGUACUCUUUUAACAAUGGAACAUUUAAAUUUAAUGUGCCAAGACCCAGAGGAUAUUGAAGAACACAAUUUGAGUGGAUUUUUUAAUCAGUCUUCUUUAUUGGGCUCUAGUCGAAAAAGUUUUUCACGUAGAAGUAGCAAAAAUAGUUACUUAGAUUCACCCGUACCUGACAAAGGAACUCAAUGGUAUCCUAUAAUUUCUCCAAGAAUAGAACAUAUUCCAUUCAAAUUUGACCCGAUCAGCAUUUUGCCUUUAUGUCAACAAACAGAGCUGUUAUUUUCCAUGUUUUCGACGGAAAAUAAAUAUCUAAAUGAUGAUGGUGUAGAUAAAGCAAACAAAUUGUUAUUAGAAAAUGUUCUAGAACAUCUUGUUUUAUUACAUGAUCAUGAAUUAGAACUUACCAAAGAAGAUUCAGAUAGUUUUACUCAACAAAUUUUAACAAGACAUGGGAAUAAGCAUCCACAUAUUUGUCCCAUUUCUGGAGAAGUCUGUUAUCAAGUUAACUCUCAGCAGAAUGACAAAAAAGCUGUUUCACAAUGGCGAUGUUUUAUAAAGGGAGUAUCCAGUACACAUAUAAUCCUAAUCUUUGUCGCAGCUACAUUAAAUGAUCUUAAAGCUUUGUUGUGUAGAGAUAGUACAAACAUUCCAAUUAUGAAUCAAAACAUCGAUAGGGUAGAUAGACCAAAUUUAUGUGAAAGUAGCUACAAUGAUGUUCCUAUCAAUAGUUCAAGUGCUCUUUGCUUACCUGUAUAUGUGUUUGAUGCACCUCUCGCUAGACUAGUCAAUGUUUAUGUUGAUAAACAUGAAGAGUGCUCAUCUCCUAUACAAGAUGUAUACGAAGAUCAUAGAUUUAAAAUAAACAACUUUAUUCAAGAGGAAUAUGUUAAAUUAAAAUCGGAUGAAAUGUUUGACACAUCGACAGACAUCAAAGAUGAAACCAUAAUCGAAUAUACUAAUUUGAAACAACAUUGUAAAACGUUGGUUAUUACACAUUCAAAAUGUUUUACCAUAUCUUUAUUUGUUGCUCUUCAUAUGGGUAUAUAUAUGCACUCUUUUGAUGUACAAUCUGCAAUGGACCAAUGCGAAGAAUCCAUUACAGAAAUAGAUAUAACAGAAUAUAUUACCACAAUAUGUGCUCAUGUUAAGAAUAAUAAUGGUGAUAAAAUAUCGGUCAAAGACCUCAAUAAUGCCUAUCCAUGUUCAGAAUUGAAAUCAUUACAUUCACUUAUUAGAGAAAAAUUUUUGAAAAAAUUGAGUGCUAUUUUUCACCCAAUAGCAACAAGUAGUGAAUUUUAUUUUUAUAAAAACCUGAAAAAUUUUGAGUCCGUCGAAGAACAUGUAGAAGAUAGCGAUGAUGAGGCUUCCGAUAAUCAUUCCGGGAUUGUUGAAUUCAAAUCUGAAGAAAUUAGUGAAUUUUCCGAAGGACCUAAUUUAUUCCAAAGAUUGGAAAGUGGAGUGAGUGGUUUCAGCGAUUUUGUUCAUAGCAAUGAUGUUAGUCCUCUAUUUUUAAAUCUUAUUUGUACUUUGAAAUACAAUGGAACGGAAUGUACAAACACUGCAGUAAGAGUUAUACCAACAUGUUUAGGAGAGUUGAUACAACAUUUAGAAAAACCAACUAAAGAAAUUGACCGGGCCAAUUUGCAAGUAACUUUAGAUAUGCUGUGCCUUACGCUACCUCCGGAUGUACAAAAUAUUAUUAACAAUUAUUCACAUCAAGGCCUUAGAACUACCUCAUUUUCUUCUGAUUUCCAACCUAGUUUAGUUAGUGAAGAUACAGAAGUGAGUUUUAAUACACAAAUAUCAGAACCUCUAAACCAUCUUUCAGAAACCCAAAAAAAAUCAAUUUUUUCUCUAAAUGAAGAAAUAAAAUGGUUGCUUAGAGACGAGAUAUGUACAGCUUUAUUGGACCAAGAUCCUGUGUCCACAGAAACAUUGAAUUAUGCAAUGAAUCAUAUUACAGAAGGUGUUAGCCGAAAUGCUACUUCUUGUGUGCAAGAUGUCAUUAAACUAAAUUUUGUUUAUGCGACCCCUCAGAGUCAUGAAAAAUUUGUUGAAGAAUUCGCAAAUUUGAAAUUACCAUAUAGUGGUUACAAACUCUGUAAACUAGAAGAUUUGUACUAUCUAGCUAAAGAUUGCAUGGACUUGACUAGCAGUGAAAGUAAUGCAUUUAUGCGAGAUAGUCUCGAUCAGAAUACAUUCAUUCCACUACAAACAGAAAAUUCCUCCAAUGGUUUUUUAAAUAAUACUUCUGAGUCAAUACCAAAUGAAACAUUCAAUUCCACAGAAGAGGUGGGAAAUGCUGAACAAAAUAUUAAAGAACAAAUCUCCCAGCAAAGUGAUAUUUCUAGUCUAAAUGAAAGUGCCCUUGGUACAGAUGGAGCUUUUACACUUUUAGGAUAUGAUGAAGAUGUUAGUGAGGAUUUCUAUGACUAUGAUUGGUUAAUUACACUAAGUAAUAAAAGAGCCCAUUUGCCCAACUUUUGGUUGAUCAUGAAAGUUGCCCAAGACGAAGUCAAAGUUUAUUUUCAUUGUCGCUUUAUGGAGCUUUCCACUAUUCAAGUUGGAAUAUAUUUGGAAGUACAGAGGACUAUGUGCGAAGCUGUUAGAAAUCUUUGUAAAAGAAUCAACCAGCUGCUUCUUCUACAAACCCUAUAUGAAACUAAAAAUUGUGAUCCUUUAUUAGAACCUGAUGAUAGUAACGAUAUUUGUAAUUCUCCAAUUUCAAGAAAUGCAUCAUUUGCCAGAUUAAAAAGCUAUGAUUAUAUUGAAAAUAAUGAAGACAGUGAUAUGAUGGCUUACUCCGCUUCUUUGUCAGAAGCAUCAUUGAAUUUUAAAGCUGGGGAAUUCAGUUGUCCAGUUGUGUGGGAAACUCCUUUUAUUCUACAUCCUCGGCUGAAGACUGGACCUGGAAAAUCUGGAAUAUCCAGAGGAAUACUGGCACUAAAAAAUAUUCUGGAUAAAUUUUCUGUGUCAAACAGAACCAAUAUGUUUGUUUACCGAGACAAUCAGAAAAAUGUAUUUUAUUUGAGACUACAAGAAAACAUGUAUUACUCUGGAACAAAAUCGUUUCUUAAAACUAACGAAUAUGAAACUACUACCACGGUUUCUAGAAGUCCAUCAAUAGCUUCACUGCCAUUUUCUCAAAAUAAAUCGCUUCUGACCCAGUCCGAACAAAGCAUAGUAUCUGCGACAUCGACUGAUAUACGUCCAAGAGUAAGAUCUUUUGGUGAGAGAGAAAGCAGAGAUGGAUCACAUGAAGAUACCUUAAUUUUGAAGGUUCAUGGUAUAACUGAAGCUGGUUCAGAUGUUCAACUUGAUCUAGUUCAAGUUCUCCAAAAUCGUCUAGAUGAUGCAGUACUAGAAUUUUUAUCUAUUAUGUUAGCAAGAAAUGCAAUGUGUCCUUUAACUCCAGAGGAUGUACACUUCAUCCAAAGGCCUAAUAAGCUUCCUGAACUCAUAAUAAGGCUGACAAUUCAAGAGUUUGCAUUCCACUUUUUAGAAUCCUUCAUACAUUAUCUGAAGCAGAAUUUACUCCAGUUCUUGAAUGUCCCAAAAUACACUGAUAACCGGUCACAUUACCAUUUUAAAGAUUAUGCAAAGAAUAGUGACCGUGAUGUACUCACUAAUGAUGACAAUAUUUUCAUUUAUAACCAGAGCCAGAAUCCUUCUUCAGGAAGUCGAGGCAUAGCUUGUAUAGCUUUGGCGUUCAUUAAUAAUUUCUGCAAGGAAAGGGGACAAGGGGAUAAGUUUAAUUUCUCCAAGAUUUUUGAAUCUGGAACUUACGAAACAACUGUUACAUCUGAUAUUAUUGAUAAUAAUGGUGAUUUUCCUCCAUUUUUCUUAGAAUUUAGGUUGUGGAAACAGGGACGUGUCAAUAUUGAAAAUUUAUCUGACAAAUUAAAACUCGCUGUUUCUCAAGCUUCAUGGGAUAUCGUAACUGAAUAUUAUCUCUUAAGAAAUCCUCUCUGCAUUGAGAGUGAGAAGAAUAUUUAUGAUGAUAUAGGUACUAAACCUUUGAAUUUGAACACUGAGGAUUUAGAAUUUAAAAAGGAAAUUGAAUUUAACUGUAGAUUGGAUAUGCAGUGUGAAAUUAAAAUUAGAGUGGCAAACGUUGAAAAACCAAAAUGGGAACACUGUAUUUCGAAAAAGAAGAGAAGACAUGCAAUUCAACCUACUUUUAAAGCUACAAGAUCAAUAACGUUCGAUGAGAGUUGUAGACAAAAAGAACUUAUAAAAGAAAAAAAUCAAACACAAAAGUUCUCCGUAAAAUUAAAUGCAUAUGAAACCGGAGAAACUGGUAUUUUAUCUGUUAUAUAUUCUAAAUAUUUACCUGAAUGGUUAGAAUUUGGCCACAGAAUGAAUACUCCCUCAGUGAAAAAACAUAAAGUUUUACUUCAAAGUCGACAUUUACCCAAUAUUAUUGUAGGAGAAUUGAUUAGUAUUCUGAAAGAUUGCCCAAGGGCUUUCAGAUGUAUUCCUGUCCAUUCUAUUAGGAAAAAAAGUGAUGAUAUUUACGUGCCUUUUGUAGCUUCUAGACUCAUUCAUAGAUAUGUAAUUUUAUCAAGAAAUAUGGAUCAUUGGCAUGCAACUGUUUCAGUUGAAGAUGGCAGCGAAGUGCCUGAUUAUAUAACACCACAGGCACUGAAACAUACCCAAAAAUUUAUUCCAGAGAUUUCCAAAAAUAAGUUUAUACCCAGACAAAAAAUGUUGUGGAUCUCAGUGGAAAACGAUUGUAUUGUUAUUUAUACUUACAACUGGGCAAAGGAAAAUAUUGAUAAAUUGUAUAAUAGUUGUUCUAAUUUGGGUUUAUGGCUUUGUGUGAGAUCUUGUUUUUUGAAUUCAGUCAUUUCUCAAAAAUUAGGUCUAUUCCACAAUCAGUCACUAACAAGAAAAUUAUUUAUGAUACCUAAUAAUCCUUAUGCCAGUUUAUUGGGAAACGUAGAAGCAAUGAUAAGUUUUCCAAAAGAUCAUUCCCAUAAACGAGUACAAUUAACAUACAAUUUACCUGCCACUUUAGAGGCUUUCAGGGAUAACUUCCGAGUAUGUAAACUUGCCUCUACUGAUCCUGUUGUCACAUUCACCUCCGAAAUGCGUGAAAUGAAGACCAUAGAAAAACGAGAUAGAGAGGAAUUAAAAACUUUGCAUGCUAUGUACCAGUCAAGAACGAGUACCACCAGUGUGCCACAAAUAUUUUUAUUACUGCAGAAUUCUAGGAUAGUGCAUUAUUGUCACACACCUUUACUAUUUUUGUCUCGUUGGCGUUUAAAAACUGCUUCUACUCGGGACCAUUCUCUUUAUCCAUCCCAAGCAAUACAAGUGGCUGACAAAAUGGUAAAUGAAGAGAAAGAAAUGUGGCAUACAGAACUAUGCUACGGAUUUUUUUCCGAGUAUAGACAUUACAUGCAAACGCUUGGUUUUAUGCCCCUUCAAAUUGAUAACCCUCACAAUAAACCGGGAAUAUGGACCAAAGAUAAAUCAUCAUAUAAUAAUGUAUUUUACAUUCAGAAAACUAUUUUGGGAGGAAUUUUGAUUUUAUCAGUGGAAUUUUCGGAACCGUUUUUUAUGACUAAACUUUUGGCAAUAGAAUGCAACAGACUGCAGAGUAUCAGCUCUAGAGCAUCUAUAAAUAGAUUUACUUUAAGCUUCUUGGAUGAAUGUGACAGAGUAAAAAACUUGAUGCAUCUUCAUUCUUUCACUUAUGACUACCACUUACGAUGUAUUUAUAAUUACAUAUGUGGAAAUACAGGAGUGAAUAAAAUUUGUGAUGGAUACAACGUACAUCAGUUUUUAGAUGAUUUUUUAAAAUACUACAAUAAAGCUCCAAACUUUGCAAGGAAUUUAGUACAUACAGAUACUUUGACAAUUGAAGAUUUAAUUACAGAAGGCAAACAAUUAUUUGACUACCUCUUAUCUAACGUAAACCAAUAUGAUUUUCAAGUAAUUCAAAUGAACUCUCAUGAAGGUGAAUCAGAAUAUAUUUUGGUGCAAGUGACAAGUGCUCCGCAAGUUUCAUAUAAGGAUUCUCAAGAUCAACAACAUACUGAUGAUUUUGAUAUUACUUUAGUUGUGCACAAUGUCUGUACACCCUUCAGUCCAAACGAUAAUGUGUUACAUUUAAGAUAUUACCUCAUUUUAACUUCAAAGAGAGAAGUCUAUCCAAAAUCAGAAGUAGACGAAAAACUUGGAAAAUUCCGAACAGUCUCAUCAACAGCAAGAAGCCUUUCUGCUUUGGAACGUGAACCAAACGAAUUUGCAUACAAUUCUGAGAAAAAUGUCCAUGAUUCUGAUAUUCUAAGUUCAAUGGAACAACAAAAUUUUUCCAUACAUACAAGUAAUGACACACUGAACAAUGAUAUCUCUUUCACUACCCAACAAUCGAAUUCUUUGCCAUAUGUAGAAAUAAACCAAGAAUCUGUAAAUUAUUUAGGUUAUUAUUCAUCACAUGAGCAAUUGAUGCAGCAGCUGAUUUUAGACAAAGCUAGCACCACCAAGAAAGUUAUAGGUGAAAUGGUUAAAAAAGGAAUGGUUCAUUGCAGAACACAUUUAUUAUGGAGCAGACUAAUAUACCCACAAGAUUUUAAUGGUUUAAGUUACGACGAAUUUUUAGAAUUGAAGAAUUUAGCAAGAUUAGAACAUGUCUGCCAACUUCAACCCAAUCUAAGACCUUUACUUAAUCAACCUAUAACGUGGUAUCAAAAUCUUGCAAAAUUAUUAUUAGCUAGGUAUAUGGAUCAAAACAGAAGUUUUAUUUCAACGGAUGGGAAUAUAGAGCAUUAUGUUAUUUUACAUCAGGAUUACUUCAAUGCCUUUAUGCUUUUAUCAUUGGAUCUACACACAUCCCGAGGGGAAAUUUAUGCAGUGUACCGAGAGCCUCAAAAGUAUGAAGACAUGGAAUUUUCACAAUCAUGUCGAAAAGCAUUAUUAGAUGGAUUUGUCAACUUUAUUUGUUUUUACCUAUGGUCUGGAAUGAUUUCAAACUAAUUUUGAUCAAUGUUUCACAUUGAAACUGUUAUUUUAUAGAAAAAGCAAUUUUUACCAUUAGAUAUAUUUUUAUUAUAAAAAUUGUUAACUGUUGGUUACAAGACGAUUCUAUUUUUAGAUAUUGUUAUGAUUACUCCCAUUUAUUUUAUUUGUUAUUGUUUUUACUCCACCUUGUUUCAACAGGAGCUCAGUAUACUGUGAUAUAUUUGUACAAAUGAAAAUAUUCCUAGUGCCUGACAAUUUAGUGUUCUAUAGUAUACUGUCAAUUUUAAAUACUUUAUUUUAAUAUUUGAUAUUUUAAUAAGUGCCAUGUUUUGUGCCAAUGAAUAAACCAUUUUCCAGA